GGGAUGACCUGUGGGAAGAAGAGAGCCCGAGGGGCCUGGCUGUCCCGAAAUUGAAGGGGAAAUUUAAUUUAUUACAAUUGAUUUCCCACGUAUUUCCUCAUCCCAGCCUGCUGAGCCUGGCAGUCCCUGCGGUCGCUUGAAAACUGGUGAUACCCUGACGGCCCCCGACGGAGAUUGAGCCUGGCUGGGACGAGGGGACCCCCGGGCUGCUGUUCGAAGGCCUUUUGAUCCUCCUCUUUGUUUUUGGAAUUUAAAGGUGCGGCAUCAUGGUUAUGAAAGCUACAGUAGAAGAUGAUGAUUCAGGAUGGGAACUCGGUAUGCCUGACAAGAUGGAAAAGAGUAAUACCAGCUGGAUAGAUAUAACCCAGGAUUUUGAAGAAGCUUGUAGAGAACUGAAGUUAGGAGAAUUGCUUCAUGACAAGCUUUUCGGUCUUUUUGAAGCCAUGUCUGCCAUUGAAAUGAUGGAUCCUAAGAUGGAUGCUGGUAUGAUUGGAAACCAAGUUAACAGAAAGGUUCUUAACUUUGAGCAAGCUAUUAAGGAUGGCACCAUUAAAAUAAAGGAUCUCACUUCACCUGAACUGGUAGGAAUAAUGGACACGUGUUUUUGUUGUUUGAUAACAUGGUUAGAAGGACAUUCCUUGGCACAGACAGUAUUCACUUGCCUUUAUAUUCAUAAUCCAGACUUCAUAGAAGAUCCUGCUAUGAAGGCUUUUGCUCUUGGAAUCCUAAAAAUCUGUGAUAUUGCCAGAGAAAAGGUUAACAAAGCAGCUGUUUUUGAGGAGGAAGAUUUUCAGUCAAUGACUUAUGGAUUUAAAAUGGCCAACAGUGUGACAGAUCUUAGAGUUACAGGUAUGCUAAAAGAUGUAGAAGAUGACUUGCAAAGACGAGUGAAGAGCACCAGAAGUCGACAAGGAGAAGAGAGAGAUCCAGAAGUUGAACUUGAACAUCAACAAUGUUUAGCUGUCUUCAGCAGAGUGAAGUUUACCCGCGUCUUACUGACUGUCCUAAUAGCUUUUACAAAAAAAGAGACAAGUGCAGUUGCAGAAGCUCAGAAACUAAUGACUCAGGCAGCUGACUUGCUCUCUGCUAUACACAAUUCACUGCAUCAUGGUAUGCAGGCACAGAAUGAUACCACUAAAGGAGAUCAUCCUAUUAUGAUGGGGUUUGAGCCACUUGUUAAUCAGAGAUUGCUGCCUCCAACUUUCCCUCGAUAUGCAAAAAUUAUUAAAAGGGAAGAGAUGGUCAAUUAUUUUUCCAAACUAAUAGACCGAAUAAAAACUGUAUGUGAAGUAGUCAACUUAACUAACUUGCACUGUAUACUGGACUUUUUCUGUGAGUUUAGUGAGCAAUCACCAUGUGUUCUUUCAAGAUCCUUGUUACAGACAACUUUCCUAGUAGAUAACAAGAAGGUGUUUGGUACUCACCUCAUGCAAGACAUGGUUAAAGAUGCCUUAAGGUCUUUCGUCAGUCCUCCAGUACUUUCUCCGAAGUGUUGUCUUUAUAAUAACCACCAGGCAAAAGACUACAUUGAUUCCUUUGUCACACAUUGUGUUCGGCCAUUCUGUAGUCUGAUUCAAAUCCAUGGACACAACAGAGCUCGUCAGAGAGAUAAACUGGGUCACAUCCUUGAGGAAUUUGCCACACUACAGGAUGAGGCGGAGAAAGUAGAUGCAGCGCUUCAUAGCAUGUUACUGAAGCAGGAACCACAAAGGCAACAUUUGGCUUGCUUGGGCACCUGGGUCCUAUAUCAUAACCUUCGUAUUAUGAUACAGUAUCUUCUCAGUGGCUUCGAGUUAGAACUUUACAGUAUGCAUGAAUAUUACUACAUCUAUUGGUAUCUCUCCGAGUUCCUCUAUGCCUGGCUGAUGUCAACACUGAGCCGUGCCGACAGCUCCCAAAUGGCAGAGGAGAGGAUAAUGGAGGAACAACAAAAAGGCCGUAGUAGUAAGAAAACGAAGAAAAAGAAGAAAGUUCGCCCUCUCAGCAGAGAGAUCACCAUGAGUCAAGCAUACCAAAAUAUGUGUGCUGGGAUGUACAAGACAAUGAUCGCUUUUGACAUGGAUGGCAAAGUAAGAAAACCUAAGUUUGAACUGGAUAGUGAACAAGUUCGAUAUGAGCACAGAUUUGCUCCAUUCAACAGUGUUAUAACACCACCGCCAGUGCACUACCUGCAAUUUAAAGAAAUGUCUGAUUUAAAUAAGUAUAGCCCACCUCCUCAGUCAUCAGAUCUCUACAUGGCAGCUAGCAAGCACUACCAGCAAGCUAAAAUGAUUCUUGAGAACAUUCCAAAUCCAGACAAUGAGGUCAAUCGAAUUCUAAAAGUUGCAAAACCCAAUAUUGUGGUCAUGAAGCUGCUGGCUGGAGGCCACAAGAAAGACUCUAAGAUUCCUCCAGAAUUCGACUUCUCUCCUCAUAAAUACUUCCCAGUUGUGAAGCUUGUUUGAAGGACAAGAGAUUUUUCUUAGGAUACCUGAAGAAUAUCUGUGUGGCAAAUACCAACUGUAGGAGAGGGAGCAACUAGUGCUGCACUUGGACUACGAGGGACGUCCAGGAUAAAAGUACUGUUAUGUGGAAUAUUUGUAGUCUGCUGCCUUUAUGUGAUUGAAUGACAACUGCUGUUUUAAAGUGGUUUGUAUAAAUUUGUUGGAUUUUUUGCGUGAAGCUGAUUCUAAUCAACUGUAUUAUUAAAGAAUGUUGUAUCUUAGUUGAUAUUAUUACAGAUUCUAAUCAAAAAUAAUUUUUAUUACUGAGUUCUGACAAAGUGAUGGGCUAGGAACGGAAUAAAAAUCAUGCAAUAGAGCCUCAUAUCUGAUGUGCACAGCUGAGCUACUGCAGUUCUGCAUUUAACAAAGUCACCUGGAAAGAUUUUGAGUUUCUAUGUUUUUGCUUAAUUGUAUCAGAACUGCUCACUUUUCAAGCAGUGAAAUGUUGGGGUUUUUUUCUCUCACCACAUCCUUCAAGCUAAAAUUCUCUUUUUAGAGACUGAGAGCUGAUAAAAAUUAGUCAUUUAGCUAUUGAGUGAUUCAUAGUUGGAAUUUGUUCCUUUGUCUUUUUUUUCUCAAAAUGCUGGAGAAUCUACAGAGCAGACACUGCAGUAGUCAAUAGCAAUAGCACCAGACACUGAGGACUCUAUUUACCAACUCUGCAACUUUGUUACAAUCCUAGUAUUUGCUCGUGCAAACAAGGGAUUGCUGCAUGUGCAUGAUCUUUAUCCUCCAUUUUUUGACUGCAAUGGGGCCACUGGAUCCUACUGUGUUUUGUAGUAAUUUACAGGUAGAUAUCCAAAACAGGAGAUGCCCCAAAUCUAUCCUUGCCUUCCUGGAAUAGUUCUGCCUCCCAAGCUUUCGGAUGUACAGUAACAGAAGUAAGCCUUUGUGUUGUAGCAAAAGAGCAACCUUUUGCUACAAGUAAGGAAAAAAUGUGCAAAAAAGCAGACCUGGCCCUGGCUAUGUCAUACCUGGGCCAUACAAGCAAAUACUUUUGUGGACAGGACGACUCUUCAUUUUGCUGUACAAUAACUUCUGCCAUAGGGAUGGGCUUGUAACUCCAUACUGACCAUACAAGACAUUUUUUGGUGUUAAUCCUAUCACCUAAUUUUACUGUAGAUUAAUAUCACUUCAUCUUCCAUCCCCUGAGCAGCAGCACUGCUGAGCUAGAACUUGAAUACAAUGAGUAACCUCUAAAGUGGAACACCCACUUGUCUUCCAACAAUUUGCAGCUUCCUAAAAUAAGCAGAAGUACUGUCAUGGAGACAUGUUUUUUCCAAAUUGUGCUAAGGAGAUGGUAUAUUACAUUACAUGUUUGCUUAUCAUCAUGAUUAACAUACUUGAAUGCUUCCAUAUAGCUGCCAAAGGAAUAAAAAGCCUGGAAAUAUGUAGGUGUAAAAUGGCACAGGGCAUUCAUUUGGCAUCUUGGGAAAGAUUUUGUGACUAUUUACAUCUUAAAAAUCCUGAACAACGUAACAGUAUCUCAGGGACAGCCUUUGUUAUUUUUCCAAAGUAAGCAGCAAGUAAAAAAGAAAGCAAAUUACAUGUGAUUUGCAGAACCUAGAAAAUAGCAAUAAUAAUAUUUCCCCUUUUCAUUGCAACUAGAACUGGAUGGAUUGUGCAGAAUGACAGCAGUAUACUAGAGAAGAUUACUUUUAAAUGCUUACAUAAAAUGGUCAGGUUUAGUUGUAAAGAACACCAAACCAAAGUGCUAAUAUAACACCAAGAUGGUUACAGAAUACUAAUGCCUCACACAACUAAAAACUUUAGUGAGAGACAACACUAUGUACACGAUGGUUCCAAAUUAAUCUCUUGUUCAACUAAGGGUCCUUUAAUUCUAAAAUUUUAUACAGUAGACAUACAGGCCUCUUGCUUACUAGAAAUCUUAUCACCUGAGUUAGAUUGAAGCACUUGAAGUCAUUGUGAAUAAAACUGUAGUCCUUCAUGCUUUUGAACAUUGAUCUUAUGCAGGUUUUCAGACCCUUUGCCCUUAGAGGUUUACAAGUGUGCUUUGUCCAGAGGUGGUCAUAUUUAUGGAGGACAACAUCCAGUUGGCUAGAAGAAGCCCAAACAUGUAUAGAAGAAUAGCCAAAACAAUUAGUUUUAAAAUAAUUCUCUGGCAAUAUAUUAAUUACCAUAAAGUGUUUGAUUCUUUGGAAUUUUUAACUUGAUACUGGUAAAGCUAUUCAUUCAACUUGAAUAUAGUGUUUCACUGUCUAUUUUUUACUGUUAGAAUAUAUGCUUUUUAACAAUCAAUAUUAAAAUCCUGAUAAAUUAAAA